UGGAAUGACGCUGCAGACGAUUGCAAUAUGGAUCGAGGACAACUUAUCCACGCGGAAAAUAAAGAAAUAAUGGAGUAUAUACAGAAGGAAUUGGAAAAGUGGCCAAACGAAAACUUUUAUUUUGGAUUGUGUAAAGACAUGAAGAAAGACGUCUUUCUAUGGCAGAAUGGAGAAGCACCUACUUAUGAUUUCUGGAUGGAGGAUAGGCCUGACAAUCAUGGUGGCAUUCAGCACUGUGGACUUUUAGACGAGAGAAGUAAUCACAGAUGGAAUGAUGAAGGUUGCAACGAGCAGGGCUGUGAGAGAUAUAUAUGCGAGAUAGUCAUGCAAUAA